AGUGAAAGUGUCACGUCGGCCAAUUCGCUGUCAGUAAUAUUUUUGUUCCCAUAUAAUUUCUUAUUGGCUGCUUAUUGGUACGGGAAUAACGCUAGUUUUGAAAAAGAAGGAAAAUAAUAACUAUUACUUGUUUUAUGAAAAUUAUCUUACGUGUGUAAAUCAGUUGGUUAAGGACAAGAUAUCUCUGAUCUAGGUUAUUGCCGGGAAAAAUGGGUGUUAAGCCUGCAAUUGGAAGAAAAACUAACAAAAACCCACCGAUAUUUAGUCAUGAAUUUGUGAUCCAGAACCACGCAGAUAUAGUAUCAUGUGUUGUUAUGGUUUUCCUGGUUGGACUGAUGGUUCAGUCAACGAGUCCCAUCGCUAGUUUAUUCAUCAGUCUGCACCACAAUGUCAGUGGCGUUGAGCCAACGAGAGAUAAUCCUAAGGGUGAAUCUUUCUCGUACGAAGCGGGCUGGAAAGAUUCUUGCGCGGUGUUCUUUUAUUCGCUCGUGUGCAUUGUGAUGCAUGCGAUCCUUCAGGAAUACUUCUUGGACAAAAUAUCAAAGAAGUUCCACUUGUCAAAAUCAAGAUUGAGUGCGCUUAAUGAGUCCGGUCAGCUGGUUGUGUUCCAUCUGGUGACCCUGUUGUGGGGUGGUGAUGCUAUUCUCCGAGAAGGAUUUGCAUUCAAUAUUUCACAGCUGUGGGAUGGCUACCCAAGCCACCCUAUGAGCUUCCUGUUGAAACUGUGGUGGAUCGUCCAGGCCGCAUACUGGCUCCACACUCUCCCAGAACUGUACUUCCAACGCAUCAAGAAGGAUGAGUGGGCCGGUCGUAUCCGCCAUGCUCUCAUUGCAUUCACUUUUGUGGCACUGGCUUAUGGGUUCAAAUUCCAGCGCGUCGGCGUUAGCUUGGUUGUCCUGCACUCCCUAGCCGAGUUUGUGUCUCACACCUACCGCCUCAACGUCAUCCUGAGGGGUGAGCGAGAGGACUUCAUUGAGAAAUUCGGGCGGCUGGUGAACGGCGCGGUGUUCGUGCUGGUGCGGCUGGCGUCGCUGGUGCUGGGCGUGCUCACCUUCUACUUCGGGCUGGCCGGCGCCGCGCCGCUGCUGCUGCGCGUGGGCGCGCUGUCGCUGCUGGUGUCCUUCCAGGUGUAUCUCAUGUUCAACUUCAUUUCUGAAGCCAUGAAGCAGAGGCAAGAGGCCCGUCAGUUGGCCCUGAACAGGCCGAAGAAGGAAAAGAAAGACAAACCUAAAAAGGAAAAGGUAAAGAAAGCGCCCGUCGAAGAAUCCGAUCUACCAGAGGUGGAUCAGAACACGAACAAAACUCUGAGGCAGCGCCAGGCCGCCGCCAAGGCCAAGUGAAGCCCUCCUCCAGCCCAAGACCUGCACUUCCGACCCGACACGCCGCACGGCACAUUCCUUCGACACUGACAUGACGAAAUAUUUGUUCUACUAGAUAUUGUAUUGACUGUUCCUACGCCCAAGGGUUAUACUGUAAAAUUAUACCAUGACAUAAUUAAACGUCGCAAAGGAGGAGAUAUUUUUGUAAUGAUUAGAUCAUACGUAAGUGCAUGUCUGGGCUUGACUAGUUCAAAGAAGGUUGUCCUCUUCCCAUGUUAUCUCAGUCUUUCCACUACAUAACGAGUCUUCAUUUUUAAUCUUCCUAUAUUCAUGUAACUAAUAAACAAUGUUAUGUUGUCAACAAAACAGAGCACAAAAUAUAUAUUUGUUCAACUAUACCUAACAUUACCUACUUCGAAAUUUGUGUCACCAAUCAUUAGGCAAAUUUUACUCCACUCGUGAUAAUUUAAUGAAAACAAGACUUCGAGACAUCUGUUGCAUUGAGUUGUUAGGUAGGUGUAUUCUACGUACUGUGCCGUUUAUUUUCUCAAGUCAUGAUUUGGAUAGACAAACGUACUGUCAUAUAAAAGUAUAGUGGAUACAGGGUUGUAAAAUAUCUCCUAAAGUGUAAAAAUAAAUGUAAUAGGAUAAAAUGUUGUUUAUAUGAAUAUAUUGAUAAGGAUUACGAGGUACUGUGUGUUCAACACUUUAAACGGAGGAACUGCAUAAUUUGCAUUUUUAAUAUUUUUCAAGAAUUCCAAUACUGAGUUGUUUUAAAUAUAUUCGUAAUUAUUUUUGUAAUACGGAUUUCUUUUUAUUACAUAAGUUCGUUUAUUUUUGUGACUAUUUAUUCUGUAACAUUCGAAGUGAAAAUUGUUUUGGUGCUCGAGAUUUUAAUUUAUAAAGGAGGUUUAGGCUUCGCAGAAGAUUGCUCUGUUCGCGCUCGCUGGGGAGUGGGGAGCAUUCUGUUACGCCAUGAGAUUGAAUCCAUGUUUGUUGUUAUGUAUGUGAACAUUGUGAACUAAAGCAUAAAUGAAAUUAUUCUUCCUAUUGUGAAAUUUGUGCUCACAAUUUAGUUAUUAUUCUCACAUGAAUUGUCAAUUUUAAAAAGCUUGAUGUUAUUUUUAUUUCAGAAUAAAUUUUGUAACAAUAA